CUAUUGCCACAGACCACCACUUGUGUGAUACAGAACACCAUGACGCGAACCGCCAGAGCUGCCUUUCCGCGUGCUAUAAUCAAAGAUCGUUCACAAUCUCGCUCCGGUUUCAGUAAGGAGAUGAAGAAAGGAGGGGCAGGGUCCCACAAUUGGGGCAAAUUGGGCGAAAUCGAGAACGAGAACGAACUUGAAUAUGAUUCCGAGGGCGAUUCUGCCCAGAUGACUCGUAGCAGUGUAAACGACGAAAUUUCCACUCCAAGGAAGCGUUCAACAUCUUUCCCGAAUGAGAGUGAAAUUGAAGCCGCAAAGCAACUCAGGAAGAAUGCCUUGAAUGAUGGAGUUGAUCUCGCAACCAUUGCUCGUACCUCAGUCGCUGUAUCCUCUUCUCCCAAGGACACAGUUACCACCACCUCUGAUGCCAGCAUUAGUAUUUAAGUUGACUUCCAGUCAAAUCAAAAAAUCAAUGUAUUUGUAGGUAGUAAAGAAACUCAGCUACUAAGCAAACUUGUACAGUACAUACAGUAUAUCUGCCUUGUAUAAUCAGUUAUCUCACUGCAUCCUCCUUCACAUUCAUAUCAAAUCCUGCUUGUACAAAA